AUGCCACUUUUUUGGUGUGGUGUUGCUAUAUUACAACUUAAAGCAAACUUGAAUGUUAUUGCUGCAGUCAGUGAUGGGGCUUCACCAAACCGCAAAUUUUAUCAACUCCACAUUUAUAUUGGUGAAAAACUUAACAACCAGAAAGUUGUGUAUAAAACAAAAAACCUCUUUGCCCCAGGAAAGUGGAUUUGGUUUUUUGCUGAUGCUCCACAUCUAUUAAAAACGGCUAGAAACUGCUUGCUUAAUUCUGGUUCUGGUUUGAAAUCAAGGUGCAUGUGGAACAAUGAUCAAUUUUUAUUGUGGAACUAUAUAUCAGAUUUAUAUUAUUCUGAUCUGGAACUAGGGCUACACCAACUUCCUAAGCUAACAAUUGAACAUAUCAUGUUAACAUCUUAUUCAAAGAUGAGAGUAAAUCUUGCUGCCCAGGUGAUUUCUAGAUUUGUUUAUAUUUUUAAAAUAGUAUAGAUUUAAAUCAUACCAGGAAAGAAAGUGCCUUGGCUUCUUAAUAAUUCGUUUUCAAACUAAUAUGUCUCCUGUCCUCAUGAACAUCUUGUCUAUAUUUUCAAGGGCAAGUCACAAAUGGGUCGAAAACAACAAUCCAUUUUAGAAAUAACAGAUAUAUUUUUUCUCCAGUUUGUUCUCAUGUUGUCAAAACAAGCAACUUUAGGUGCUAACGUGAUUGGACAAUCUUUGUUUCAAAACCGGAAGUGAUCUAUUAAAAUUGUUAAUCCAAAUUCCAAAGUGAAACAUGAACAUGAACUUGACAAUGUUUAUAUUUCUAAACAACAAAUGUUAAUCCAUACAGUUUUAUAUAUCAUUAAAGCAUGUGGCUCAAGAAAUAGUUCGUGAUGACAUUGCUUGCCAAGAAAUAUAAUUAUAUAAAGUUGUAUAAAUCAGGAUUGUAACUUAAUGUUAGUAAACGUUACUAAACGUUAGUAAAUAUGCAGUGUAUUUUUUAAGGAAUUUCUAUGAGUCCAAUGAAAACCACUGCACUCACUGAAUCAUCAAAUUUGAUAUGUUGAUCAUUACAGUAUUACUGUACUUUGUUUCUAAUUGCUUUGUUUUAUUUUUCCGUAACACAGAUCCUUAGCAAUAGGAUGGCCCAAGCCCUUAUCUGUAGCUAUCCAGAAGGAGAAGCAAAUGAAACAGCAAGAUUUUGUAAAUUAAUGAAUGACUUUUUCGACUGUUUAAAUGUUCGUGCAUACAAUGAGGCUACCUGUAAACGGAAUGUACUCCUGGGACCAUAUAGAUCACAGGAUGAUAAAAGGUUUGAAUGGUUAGUAAACACUUUCCUCCAGUACUUUCAUGACUGGAAAAAAGCUGUCGAGACUCGUCCUGGAAAUUUCCUACCAACAGCUCAAGCUAAGAUGUUCAUUUCGCAACAAACUUAUGAAGGCCUUCAAAUCACUGUGCAUUCAACUGUCGAGACUGUCAAGUUCCUCCUUUCCCAAGGUGUUGAUAGCGUUUUGACAGAACGUUUCCAGCAAGACCCGUUGGAAGAAUAUUUCGGAAAUCAGAAGCAAAGGGGCAGAAGGUCGGAUAAUCCCGAUGCAUCACAGUUUGCAUAUAAUGAUCGAGCCCUUGAUGUCCAACGCAACAUUGUGCCUAUCAAAGCUGGUAACACUGGUAAACGCAGUGCAGAAAAAUCCAGGUGGAACGACAUCAUUGAGGAGCCUCUGAACAAAGCCAAAAAAAACAAAAAAGAAAUAACAAUUGUGUGUUUAUUCUUGGACUCCACUUUUUUCAAUUUAAUUGCACACAGUUUUAAAACCUAGUUAUAAAUAAGGUAGUUUUAUGGUCGACAAAACUUUACCAAAUAGAAGGAUAAACAUUGUUUACACAAUUUGAUAUAUUUUGCCUGCCAAGAUGCUUGGACAUGAAAGCUUUAACACACACAAGUUGUUCUAUUACAUGUUUGCAUAAUUAGACUAUACAAAAUAAGUUGCUGGUGCAUUUCAGGCCUGCAGGCAAAUUGUCUCAAACCAUGUAAACAAAGUUUACCCGUCUAUAAUCCAGAACGUAUCUGGCACAUCCCUAGUCAUAACUAUUCAGGAUUGACCCCUGAUUUCUGUUGUAGAGUUUUCCUUAAGGCCUUCUUGCUAUUUGAACUGUUUUGUUUUCUAUAUUUAUUAAUUAAAUCUCUCGAAAAGGAGAAUGCUCGAAUUUUUAAAUAUAAAAAGGUUAUGUUCUCAAGGCAAACUUUCAAACAAUCGUGAGAUAUCAAGUAAGGGCAUUCUUGUAUGAUGUUGCUCCAGCUCUUCACUUUUGGAUUUUCUAGUAUAUUAGUCCGUAAUUCUGAAAUUGGAAUAGGUUUUGUAACAUCAUGAGCAACAGUUUUAUAUCGAAAUGUUUUCUCUAUUUCAAACCCAAUAGCAAUUAAAUCGUCACAUGGAGUCCACAGUCCUCCUCUUGAAAGUGAUAAAAUAUAUUCAUUGUCAGGUCGUUUCAUUGAUUGCAGCAGAUCCUGAAGUUCUUCUUUAUUUGUUAAUGUACUUUCUAACAUGGAUUUCUUUCUAAAUUUGCUCGUCCUGAACAUUUUGGAAAUGACUGAUCCAAUCAAGUAAGAAAGGGGACCAUGUUCCCUUUCAUUCACUUCAGGUAUAUCUUUAGUUUGUUCACUAAUUUGCUCGACUGACCACCGUUUAUCAGUUGGUUGGUUGUCGACAAGUUUCUCAGGUUCUUUCGACAAGAGUUUGUAUAGUUCACUUACCAAAGUAUCUUGAUUCAAUUUCUUGAUGAAACGUCAAUGAAGUUUAUCGAGAACGUCAACACAAAACGAAGAUGGCUUUAGAUUCUUACAAAUAAUAAUGAUUUCCUCCGCAUAUAAAUUAUCCUUGAUUUUAGAGUUAGCUUUUUUAAACAAAUCCUCUACAAUCGCUUUUGAAAUGGUUGGCUUGGUUGCAGUGCUAGCGCUGUUGUCAUCUUUGCCAUCAUUUGUCUCAAGGAGCGUAUGCUUUUAUCGUAUAUGACGAGUGAGACCGCCUUUUGAUUUGCAUAUUUUCGUACAAUUCGGACACAGAUGUUUUGGUGGUAUUUCAAUCUCCUGAACGGCAUCUUCAACCUCUUUCUCGAAGUCCUUGUCCUCAUUAAAAUAGUCCAAGUGUUCGUUUAUCACAUCAACUAACACAUCAAGCUCUGCCUUUUCAUUUUCUGCCGCUAAAGCUUCCCCACUUUCAAACAUUUCUCCCAUGGUUUGCAUUCCUUCUUCGCUAAUAGUCGCCAUAUUGGUCACAACGCCGUAGUUGUUCAUAGUCAUGUGACCACAAAAUUGAAUAACAUAACAUAAUACCGGAAGUAAACGAGCUUCCAAACCAUCUCGCUCCAUUAACUAUGGUUAAAUCGAGUGAAGUCAUGUUAAUUUAAGUCAAUAUGUAUGUCUGCAUUCCAGGCCAUUUGAGACUAUGAUAACACAUCUUUUCACUUCAUUUUGUAGAGACGUCUGAUAAAUACAAUGGCAUAACUCACCAAAUGGAUGUAUGGCAUGGCAGUAAAGGGAUAAUCAAGAAAGUAAAUAAAGUAAGGAAUUAUUUACCCAUUAAUGUGCAACACUUCCCCCCUUGACCGCUGACAAGUAAAAUUGUCUGGUGUUAUAUUGCUGCUUAAUGGGUUUUAGUAAAAUGACAUGCCAUUGGCCAGGUUCAUAACAGACUAAAAUUAGUAUAGGUAAUCAUGUGAUGGCGAUUACAAUUAGGGAUGAAUAGUACAAGUAAUGUUUGGGAAUUUUGCCAAAAUUGGACAAACCGUGGGGCGAGUCCAAUUUGGCAAAUUUCCAAACAUCACGAGUACUAUUAAUCCCUAAUUGUACGAGCAACAUCGCAUGAUUACUUGUUUAUUAUUAGCAUGACAAAAUUGGAUACUUCUCAAUGUCAACAUCAUAUUCUCUCACCAAAGCCCAUUCCUGCCAGACUAUCAACCAAAAUUUGGUGCUUUUUUUCAUAUUUUCAUUUAGUUCUUUUGUUAAAGCAACAUUUGGUGCUUUUGUUCACAUUUUCAUAUUGUUCCUCUAGGGCAAUUUCAUUUCACAUUUGUAUUUUGUUAAAAUACUUUUCUGCCAUGUUGUUUGUUUUGGGAAAAUCAUUAAUUUUACGGCAGUACAAUUAAUGAUGGUAAUAGAACGAAUAGGAGUGCUAUUAAUGCCAUAAUCAUAUGAGUGAUUACAAAAUCAACCAACCGCAUAGCAGGAGGUUGAUUUGUUAAUCACGAGUAUGAUUACGGCAUUAAUAGUACGACUUAAUUCGUUCUAUUACUUAUUCAUUAUUGUUCUCGUAUAGAACUUGUCGAAUAAAGAAUGGAUCUACUUUUCACUAUUUUGGAUUCUUUGCGUGGUUUUAAAGUCAAUAAACAACCUUUUUAAACACUGUAUUUUUAGAACAGAAACAUUGCAAAAGAACCCUGACCAUGCUCUCUUUUUCUCAGCGCGACCGUUCGUGUCCAGUCCUUUUUACCUAUCCUAAUUGGGGGGGAGGGGUAGGACUUAUUAAAUUUUAAACAAUGUCAACAUUCCAAAACAUCCCCCUCCCGAAUGUGACUACAUUCGAAAACUAAAGUUAAAGUUAUAAAGUUUAUGAAGUUUCUUCUUCAUUGUUCUUUUAAUCAUUGUCUCUCUCUAACGGGCACAAUCUGUGUACAGGUCGGAUAUACUCGUUGUCUCCAACUCGAAUCUUUACCACUCUUAUGAGUCCAUCACCGCCUCGAUAUGUUUCUAUGACGCGACCAAGCGGCCACUCGCCACACUUUGCGUUCGGCUCGACUAAUAGGACAACAUCACCUGCAGUUAACUCUCGCUUAGGAUUAAACCACUUUCCUCUUACGUUGAGGCUAGGUAAGAACUCUUUACGCCAUCUUCUCCAGAACUGCGUGAUCAAUUGUUGAAUACGUCGCCAACGCUUCUUUGGGUUGAAUACUUCUUCUGGACUGGUUUCUGGGGCGAACUGUCCACCUAAAUGUCCCACCAGGAAAUGACUAGGAGUAAGUGGAACCAAGUCAUCAGGACUUGAGCUGACAUAGGUGAUCGGUCUCGAGUUUAGGAGUCCUUCUGCGCCACAAAUUGCUGUGUGUAACUCUUCGUCUGUAAUUUCGGCUUCUCCUAGGAUUGCUCUGAUGGCCUUCUUCGCACUCUUAAUCAUGCUCUCGAAAACUCCUCCAAAGUGAGGGGCGGAAGGCGGGUUGAAUUUCCACUCGAUUUGUCGAUGUUGAGUUGUCGUCUUUACUAUUUUCUCCUGAUCGAAUUCGCGUAUCUUUUGACACAUCUCCUUUUCUGCUCCGACAAAAUUUGUUCCAUUAUCCGAUAGAACGUAUGUAGGCGUCCCCCUCCGUGAAGUCAUUCGUACGAACGCGUUUAUGAAUGAGUCCGUGUCCAAUGAGUAAGCCAUCUCUAAGUGGACCGCACGGGUCGCUAGACAUGUAAAGAGACAAAGAUACCGUUUCAUUCGAGAUUUUCCUCGUCCUUGUUUGGUUAGGAAUGGUCCAGCGAAAUCUGUACCGAUCCUUUCGAAGGCUCUUAAAGGUAAAGUCAAUCUCGAAGUUGGGAGAGGAGCCAUCUUUUGUCCUGCUGGUUUUGCGAGGAAUCGCCGUCGGCACUCAGGGCAGCUUCGAAUCACAGUUCUAACUGUCAAUCGUCCUUUCACGAUCCAAAAUCUCGAUCGAAGUUCCGUCAACAGAUGUUCUGUUCCGGUGCCGUGCCCAAGUUUCUCAUGAGCGUGAACAACGAUUAGUCUUGUUACAGGAUGGUCUUUUGGAAGAAUGAUUGGAUGUCUCGUAUCAUAGGGCAAGUCUUCAGCAAGUCGGAGUCGACCAUCGACUCUCAAUAGUCCGUCUUUGCCCACCAAUGGGGAAAAUCUCAGUAGACUUUUGUCCUUUCCUUUGUCGGGAAAGCUUUCGAGUUGGGCUUUUCGUAACCAAAACGUUUGCGCGUCACUGAGUUCAUAGCUCUGUAAAACACACGACAUAUUUCGCGACUCAGACGGAGAUUUGCAGUUCUUUAUAAACCGUUUAGUCCAGGCCGUAACACGAACAAGACGCGUCCAGGACGAAUAUCGCUUGGGAUCAAGGCGGUUAUUUCUGUCAACAUCUCCUGUUUCGUUCGUUAUAUGAGUUUGGACUUUCUUCUCUUCUUCUUUUGCCACAGUAUUUGCUGACGAAUUAUUCAGUACUCUUUUCGGCCAAGGCUUUUUCUCGUCCGUUAAAAACUCGGGCCCUUCCAUCCAAGACUUUUUAUGGCACAACUCGGUUGUUGAAAGCCCUCUGGUUGGGAGGUCAGCAGGAUUAAUCUCGCCAGGAAUGUGUCGCCAUUCAGCUGGGUUAGAGUGUCGUUGGAUCUCUGCUACUCUGUUGGCUACGAAUGGCUUGAAGAUGCGGCUUUGGUUAUGUAACCAAUACAAAACGUUCGUAGAGUCCGUCCAAUAUGUCGCUCCAUUCACGUUCAGUGUCCCUAAAAUGUUCGUGGACAAACGGUUAGCAAGAACAGCCCCCAUGAGCUCAAGUCUAGGUAUCGUUACCGCUUUCAGGGGGGCGACCCGGCUCUUCGAGGCAACUAAACGUGAUGUAGUUGGGCGAUCGCUGUAUUCACAAACAAGGUAGGACACGGCGGCGUAUGCAUCUUUGGAGGCAUCUGAAAAGGUGUGCAACCAAGACUUGGUUGGCUUUGGUAGACGAAGGGGACGGGGUAUCUCAAAAUAAGACAGAUCUUUUAAUUCGUUAGUCCAAUCUUUCCACUCGACACACAGGCUUUCAGGUAGCUGUUCAUCCCAUUCGAUACCAGCGGUCCAGAUCUUUUGUAGUAGGAUUUUUGCUCGGAUAGUAAAGGGUGCCAAAAACUGCAACGGGUCAAACAAUCUUGCGAUACUACUGAGCACAUUUCUUUUCGUUGGCAAUUCUGACGAGGGUGGAGGUUUUACUUGAAAUGUGAAGAUGUCUUGGUUUGCCUGCCAUGAAACUCCCAAGGUCUUUACGGUGGGGAGGAUAUCUUUAUGAAUUUCUAAACCGGGCAACCGGUCGUCAGCAGGAACAUCCUCAAUAACGUCAACUUCGUUGGACAUCCACUUUUUAAGAGUGAACCCGGCUCCAGACAAAAGUUCUGUUGUUUGUCUUCGAAGGUCUUUGGCCUCAGGUAUUGUUUCGCACGAGUCCAGCACGUCAUCUACGUACAUGGCAUUGUCUACAGUGUCUGCUGCUUCAGGAUAAAGCUCUUUACUAGUCUCUGCAUGAGAAUGCAAGACAUGCUGCGCACAAAAGGGGGAGGCAGUGUUACCAAAGGGCAAUCGCAUGAACUCGUAGAUCUCGGGUUCGUUGGCCUUGUCCAGUUCUCGCCAUAGAAAUCGAUGAUAAGGACGGUCUUUCUCGGCGAGUCCGACUUGCAAAAACAUUUGUGAGAUAUCAGCUGAUAGGGCUACAGGUGCUCUUCGAAACCGAGUCAAGACAUCCACAAGCUCCCGUUGUAACUUGGGUCCAGAAUAGAUGGCGUCGUUUAAGCUCUUGCCCUCAAGUUUGGCUGCAGCAUCAAAAACAAUUCUAACUUUGGUCGAGGUCUUCGCAUUAUUUACCACUGCAAAGUGAGGCAGGAGCCACUGUUCUUCCUCUGUCAUCGGUACUUUUUUCACAUACUCUUUAUCCACAUAGUUUUUAAUUAUCUCGCAAUAGGCAUUCGCAACUUCGGGUUUCUUGAGGAGUGAUGUUUCGAGAUUCUUCAGUCGUGAGAAGGCCAUAUCAAAAUUGUUCCUAAAGUCAGGUUCUCCUUCUUUCCAUGGUAUUCCAAUCUCAUAUCUACCGUCCUUCAAUAUUUGGGUUGAUUGUGCCGUUUCCAUUGCUCUUAUUUCAUCAGGGGUCAUAACACGUUUGCUCUCCUCAUUGAUUCCAAUGGCUUCCAAUUCCCAGAACUUUCUUAAAAGAUCAUUUGUUUCAUCCAUGUUGGUUUGGCCGAUGUGGUAGGUACGGGUCAUGUGGGCAUGGGUAUUACGAGGUGAAGGAUUCUUGCAGGUGGGACCGAAGCAAACCCACCCAAGCAGGGUUUGUCGUGCUACAGGGUCUUUCGGCUGUCUUCCAGUAACUUCUCGUAACACUUUGUGGAAAACUGGAUGGUCACUACCAAUUAAAAUGUCAAUUUGUCUUCGAUUGGACACUCUGUCAAAAGGAAUUGAAGUUAAGUGCGGCCAGUCAUUCUUUAAGGCACUCCAUUCAAUAGCUGGUGUGUUUCCAGUAAUGUUAUCAAGAACAUUAGCUUCAACAGGUGCUGAAAAGGACCCAUUCAUGGAAGACACUGAACAAUGGACACGUCUUGAUUGCUUUUUGAUCUCUGUACCACCAGUUCCUGAAAUAGUCAAGUUUUGUCUCUCACCUUUCAACUGAAGCUCUUCAGCAGCACUCUCGGUUAUGUACGACCCGGUCGAGCAGGGAUCCAGCAUAACAUUGACUUUUAAUUUCUUUGCUCCAUUUCCAAUAAUAGCUGGUAGAACCAUCAGGGAGAUCUGUUCGACUCGAGCAGUGUUGUAUGUAUUGGCAGUAGUGUUGCCAACUUCUUCACUUGUAACCAUAGUCAUGUUUUCGCCUUCAGUUGGAUGGUCUUGAUUCCUCGAUGCUGCAUCAUUCCUUGCAUUCUUCCGACCAGGAUCAUGUAGGUAGCUACUAUGCCCAGAACUCUCGCAUCCGUCGACUCCACAUUUUCGAUUGCGUGGACAGUUUCUACUGUGGUGACCCGCAGCAAGACAUCGGAAACAGCGUCCACUUUUGCUAAUUAGUUCCUUGCGCUGUGCAACUGGAAGUUUCUUGAACUCUUGGCAAACCCAUGGCGGGUGAUCAAUCUUACAUUUUGUUACCACACACUGUCGAACAUUACUACCUGUGUUGUAUCCUCGAUUAUGACGCCUUUCUCCGUCCUUUGGAUUUCGUCGUUUAUCAAAUUCUCCUGUCUCCUCUCGCGCUUCAUCCAUUAUCCGAACUCUGGUGUCGAUCCAUUCAACCAGUUUUUCAAAUGUGUCAUACUCUCCCUGCUCAUGUAACCAAUACUUGUAUUCUCGGACAUACUCUUCUGGAAGCUUCUCUUUUACCGUAAGACCAAGAUGUUGUCCCCUUAGUUCUCCAUUUUCGUCACCAUCUUGCAGUGCAACCAGUAUUCGAUCGAGGAUUGCCAGUAAUUCUUCCAUGUCUUCCACAUUAUAACGCCGUACUUUUGAUAGUCCUCGAAGGGUUGCCAAAUGAGAAAGGAUCUGUCGACGUUUUCCACCAUACUUUCGUUCUAAUUUCUCCUUUGCCUUUUCAUAUGCAUAACUUGAAUAGCCAAGGUCUCGUACAGUCUCCAAUGCUUUUCCACGCAAGCAAUUCUGCAGUCUCAGCAUCUUUUCUUUCACAGGCAUAUCUGUAUCAUCCACAACUGAUGUAAAUGCAGCAUUCCAAGCUUCAAAUUCAGUUUUAUUCUCACCGGAGAAUGUUGGCAACUCUACGCCUUUCAGUUUGACAUGUGUAGAGGUCGGCGGCAAUCCAAAGGGAAAUGCUUGGGGUGGUGUCAUGUUCUCAGGUGAAUUCUGAUUAUUUUUUACAGGUAAUACAGUAACAUCUUCAGUCACUUUGCCUAACCGUUCAGUGGCUUUAGCUCGUGCUUCAUUCAAAAAUACUAUCGAACGUGCAUCCUUUAUUCUUUCUUUAUUGAGUUCAAAAGUCUCACAUUUUUUCUGUAGUUCUUGCUCUAAUGCUUGCUGAUCUUUUUCAAGCUGCUUUAGCCUAUCAUUCGCAUCUUUCACUUCUUGUUGCUGUGUCUCAACAACAGAUUUUUCUACUGACUUAGGGGGGGUUACAUGGGAUGACUUUGCAUGGGAUGACUUUGCAUGGGAUGACUUUGUAUGGGAUGACUUUGUUGCCAUUGAAUUUACAGAUAUUUUACUUGACGCGAUUGUGGAUACUUCCGAUUCAUCUUCACCAUUGACAAGUCGUUCCUUAAUGUGGUCAUUGGCAUAUUUUAUAGUAGUGUCAACUAAGUCCAUAAUGUCACAUAAUUCUUUGUCUAAAUUUUCUAUUACAGUGUCUACGUCUGUUCCUUCUAACGCCUCAUCACUUAAAACAACAGUUUCUUUUAAAGCAUAAAUAAUCUUUUCAAUUAUAGCACUCUCAGCCUUUACUUUCUUUAUAGCACGUCUAAUUUCGGUCUUGGUACUUGGGUGUCCUGUGGUCAACAUGGCUGCUUGAUUUCGUGCUUUUGUCAGUCUAGCUUUUGCAGCUUUCUUCCUAUUUUUAAGCUUUAAAUACCGUGUACUCUUCGUACUUACUUGGCUCUUUACUUCGUCGGUGCCUUGCUUGGUUGUUUCGUCAUUAUUUUCCGGUAAACUCGGAAGUUUUUCGCCGUUUUGGUCAGCCAUAUCGCUUCAAAUUCGUCGAGGUCGCAAUAACCACACAAAUAAACCCGUAAUUUUGCCAGAUCCGGCUCGUCGAAGGACCACUUGUUCUCGUAUAGAACUUGUCGAAUAAAGAAUGGAUCUACUUUUCACUAUUUUGGAUUCUUUGCGUGGUUUUAAAGUCAAUAAACAACCUUUUUAAACACUGUAUUUUUAGAACACAAACAUUACAAAAGAACCCUGACCAUGCUCUCUUUUUCUCAGCGCGACCGUUCGUGUCCAGUCCUUUUUACCUAUCCUAAUUGGGGGGGGGGGUACUUAUAAAUUUUAAACAAUGUCAACAUUCCAAAACAAUAUAUAUAUAUAUAUAUAAAUAUAUAUAUAUAUAUAUAUAUAUAUAUAUAUAUAUAUAUAUAUAUAUAUAUAUAUAUAUAUAUAACCUUUUGUAGGGUGAAAAUGGUACACCGUGGAGUAUUUUAAAAUUAUCGCGCUAAAUAUUGUCUGUAGUAGGUUGGAAUAACCUAAGCAACACACGUUCUUUCAAGUCCAUUUCAUUGGUUUGUAUUAUAUCCCAUAACUGAGGAUAUUAUCACAGUCUUAGUGUAUUGGUCAGUGGUACACCGUUAGGUAUGACAUUGGGAAAAUAUGAGCAUUGAUUUACCACACCAGGAAAACUUGUGUCAAAAUGCAUAAUUCACAAUUAUAUAGUUGUCGCUUAAUAUUCUAAAUAUAUGCAGUGAAUACCAGAAACGCGGUAACUAUAUUGAAUUUAUUGUCCUUUAGUUCUACUGGAUACCACACGCAUUCGUCUAUGUAUAGACUGAAUGUAUAACCUAUCAAUAUAUAAGUUGCACGAACUCUCAUGGAAAUAUAUUUUUGUGUCGUACAUUGCAUCUCAUUCACUGAUCGUUUGCAUGUCCGUCUAGGCACCUUCUCACAUGGUCGACUAUAGGUUGUCUAUUGUGUCUUGCAGGUCUUAUAUAUAUACAGUUAACAAAUAUGACUCGUAUAUAUUUCUUAAUUUCUGAAUUAUUGCAACGAAUCGACUAGAACGCGAUAGUUUUACUUUCUCAAUUAUUUCCGCAACAUUUUGUUGCUUUUAAUUGCUAAAAUUAAAAAUAAUAUACUGUGUUGUAUAUUCUACCACACAUUAUUACCCCCUCCAAAACACUAAGGUAUUCAUGACGUAUUUAAUUAAUGAAAUAAGGUACUUGAUGUAAUUAUGAAUAUAAGUAGGUCAUGAGCAAUGCGCAUAAACAAAAUACAUGGCAAGGACAUGUAUAACAAGCGAAAUAUAAAAGAAUGUAAUUUCGACUCAUCUCAGACAAUCCUGGACAAAACAUCUGCGACACUUCCAAUUAUACUUGACAAAAUAUCGUAAUGUUAUCAUAAAUUUAGAAAACCUCCCCCUUUCCCCCACCAUUCAAUGUUGAUUGGAUUCGUAGAAUACGGAUAAAACGUCCAACAUUGUUUUUGGGGGGGGGGGGGCAAACGAGUAAAUUAUUCCGGUCUAACUGGUAAAAAAAGCCACAAAGGAAUGUUUUAAUAGAGUGUCGCAGAUGGUUUUGUCCAGGAUUGUAGAUACUGUUCUGAAAUAUCACUUACUCGAACCGUCCUGACCACGUAGCUCAGUUGGAAGAGCAUUGGGCUAGUAUUCCAAAGGUCGUAUUCCAAUGGCAUGGUUGUUAUGGCGGUUAUGCUGUUUGGAUUGUGUGUUGAUGGUUAAAUGAAGACGAUCAGAACAGAAGUAAAAUAUAUACAUGCUUUUGAAAUAUAUUUUGGAAUAUAUUUAUUGUUAUCCAACACUCAAGGUUUUGGACAAAAAGGUAAUAAUUUAAUUGAAAUUACAAAUAUUUAUGAAUUAUACAACUGAUAAUAAAAUGAUUCAUGUUUAACUUUAUUGAUCUUUAAACAGGAUCAUCUCUUCGUUAGCUGGUGCCUGAUGCUUGGCUGUCCAUUAAACACCUUGUUGUUGUAUCCUUUGCCGUAGGUGAAGAGUCUCAAGGUGAAGUAUCUUUCUGUUGUUAAUUAGAUAAGGGAUGACCGGUGAUUUUCUUCAAGUAAAUUGUCUUGUGAUCCCUGAUCGUGAUCAUGGAAAAUUGGGUGGGUGAAUCCAUUACAAAAUGGUUGCACACACUCAGAACCAGCUUCUGCUUUAACUUGUUUCCUCUUGAAAUUUUGAGGCCAUCUUUGCAAACAUCUACUUUAAAUAUUUUUUCAGCAAAUUCAAUAAUGUUGUAAACAGACUGUGACAGUAUUUUUAGGCCACCAUUGUUCACAAAUAAUGUGAAUACUGAUGCAAGUGCAAUUUGACUGUAAUUCAUAGCACAGUAAUCAUGAUCACUUUUUUUUACUGAGGUAUGUUAUAUUUGGAAUUUUCCCACUUUCUCAGCAGACAAGAAGCCGAUGGUUUUACAGCACAAUUUCGAUAAUAAAACACUUUUUAUUGUAGAAAUUUAAGUACUAUAAGCUUCCCAACUUUUUUCAAUAAUUUGAAUAAAGUUGAAAAAUAAAUCCAAGCUGUUUUCUAUCUAGUUUUUUCUCUCUCAAAAAACUAGUGUUAUUUUUGUUGUUUCAAGUGACCAUAUUAACAUGUGGAAAUAUAUUGUGUCAGAGAAUUGCCAUCCUUAGGAUAUUAUACCAUAUCACAAUACAAUGACAUAAUAUUUUAUAUAGAACAUUUAAUAAUAAGUGUAUCAUAUUUAAUAAUAAAAGCAUGUCAAAAAAAUUGUUGACUUAGCAAACACUGGCUCCAAUAAUUCAGAUUCUCUUUAAUGCAUUCAAGCAUGCCAAAGGAACAUAACCCCUCAAUCUUCUGGUCCAAUAGUUAGAGAAGGAAGAGUUAAUAGCAAUAUACCAUAAUUCCUUCUGAUCAAUAAUUAGUAGUAGCUACCUGUAUAAUCUAAACUCAACAGGUUUAUAUUUUACAUUUUUGGCACUGUUCCCGAUUUGGUCUUCUUCCAAUUGUAUAUAUAAACUUUACCCUUGAUAUAUAUCAACCAAUUACUGCAAGUUUCUCAUAUUUUAUAUUUAGCAUACCUUACAAUGGCAUCCCUGGAGGCCAAAGUUUCUCUUGAUGUAACUUCCCUAUAACGACUUUCUCAAGGACGUUGAAAACAUCAUCGGACAACGGAUAUCUUUGUCUGUUGCUUCAUCCUCACAGUGACAUAACUGCAAUUAAAUUUUUGUGUAAUUAUGCAAUCACUAUUCAAAAAGUUGUAAAAUGAGGAGACGCAAUUGUGACAUGGGCCGCCGCACAAGUUUCAGUUCAUUAGUGAAUGCUCAGAAGAUGUGAAUGUCAGUUGGAGAUAUUGUCUAAACUUAUGUUUCCAGAAGAUGACAUAUUUUUUAGCAUUACUUAUAAAUUGACUUUGUUGAUGAAUAGUACGUAAUAGAUUCUAAUUCAUUUAGUUCACGUCAGUGUAGGAUUUAAGUAUCUUAAUGACAUUGGAGUAAAAACUGGGUUAAUUCAGUUCUUAAAGUUUUUUGGAGAUUAGGAAUGCUUGUUUCACAACAGUGAAGUCAUGAAGGGUAUUUAUGUGUGCAAGUAUUUGAUUAUUCUUUUAUGUAUGGUUAUUAAUGAGGAAAUUUUCCUAAUUCACCUCUACACAGUACACUUGUUGCUUUUCCAUUAAUUCCUAAGUAUAACUUGCAGAAUCUGGAAUGAACUUUUUCUGUUUCGGAUUGAUCCCAUUUAUUAAGAUCACUUUAAAUGAAUGCACCCCAUACUUCUGAAUGAUAUAGAGAAGUAUUGGUGAGAUAAUACUCUCAAAGAUUUUGAUUUUCUUUGUGCUGAACAUAGCGUGUUUUGCUUUAUCAGCUAAUUGUUUCAUUGCUAUGGUAAAUUUCCCGUGGUUGUAAGUUUAAGAUAUAAAUAGUUGUAUUCUUGUUGUCUCAAAGGUUCUAGAUGGUCGGAGAGAUCAGGAAGAAACAGACUUAAGUAGGUCACAAAACCAAUGAAUCUUUGGAUGCUCUUCACAUCAAUAGGUUUGGUCAUCUUUGCAACAGCAUCAAUCUUGGCAGGAUCUGGUUUUGAGCCCUUCAUUUGUAAUCAGAUGUCCCAUAAAUGGUAUUUCUGCCCCAUUGAACAUGGACUUCUCGUGGUUACAGUUCACUAGUCCGAAGGUUCACUAGUCCGAAGGUUCACUAGUCUGAAGGUUCACUAGUCCGAAGGUUCACUACUCCGAAGGUUCACUAUAGCUAGUCCAAAACAUAUGCUGGUUUUGAAUUACAAUUACGUGUUAAACUUGGCUGCUUCGCAGUUAAGCAUUUUUCGUACCUGCAUACACACAUGCACGGAGAAAUUUAAAUCCUCUUGAAAGUCUUUUGUCCACUUGAGAAAUAAUUAAAUGAAUAAAAGGAUAUCAUUUACUUUUGUGUUUGAUUUUAAGUGUACUUUUUAAGCAAUUAUUUAGAAAGAUUUAAACUUUUCCGAGUGUAUACGUACAUGAAAAAAUGCGCAACUUGAAAGCAGCCUUAAGUCAAUGUGACCAAUGACUACGGAUGCUACGUGAAAUUUGAUUGUUACGGUUCAUCAUUGAAAUUUGUGCUGUGAGUAACAUCUAGCUUGCUCAAGUUGUGACUCAUUAAGAUAACGAAACAACAUAUUUUCUUUUAUUUAACGCAUAUUUCUUCAUGCUGCUUUCAUUGCAUAUGUCAUUGGUCACAUUGACUUAAGGCUGCUUUCAAGUUGCCCAUUUUUUCACGUAUGUAUACACUCGGAAAAGUUUAAAUCUUUCUAAAUAAUUGCUUAAAAGUACACUUAAAAUCAAACACAAAACUAAAUGCUAUCCUUUUAUUCAUUUAAUUAUUUCUCAAGUGGACAAAAGACUUUCAAGUGGAUUUAAAUUUUUCUGUGUGUGCGUGCGUGCAUGCGUGUAUGCAGGUAUGAAAAAUGCUUAACUGCGAAGCAGCCAAGUUUAACACGUAAUUGUAAUUCAAAACCAGUGUAUGUUUUGGACUAGAUAUAAUGAACCUUCGGAGUAGUGAACCUUCGGACUAGUGGGAAGUCACCCUUCUCGUAACUAAGCUUAACAUUCUUUUCUCUGUAUCUCUUUAACAGGUUGGUCAGGUUAUCAUGAUCAAGUUGGGCCUCUUCCAUUGUUUCACCACAACCAUAUACAACAAUAUCAUCAGCAAUGCACUCCAACUAAACCUUCUACGACCUGAUUCAGCUGCUUCUGGAAAAUCUCGGAUGAUACUUCAAUACCAAAUGGUAAUCUGAGCCACCUGUACCUUCCGAAGGGUGUAUUGAAGGUAGUCAGAAAACUUGACUCUUCAUCCAAUUGAAUGUGCAAAAGGCAGAUGCAAGAUCAAGCUUUGUAAAUCCCUUUGCUUUAUUCAGGCAGGGAAGAACAUUCAAAACUUGUAAAUGAUAAUGUUCCCUUUUGAGUGCUUUAUUUAGAGGUUUUGGGUGUAUGCAUACUCUCAAUUUGCCUGACUUCUUUCAGCAAACAACAAAUUGGCUCACCCAUUGAGUGGGCUUCUCAACUCAGCUCAAAAUCUCUUUUUCGACCAUAUCAUUUAACUCUCCCUUUAACUGGUCUUUUAUAGCAUGAGGUACUCGUCUAGGUGGUAGAACAGAUGGUGUUACUGAUGAAUCAGUUUCUAAGUGGAUUGUACCAGGGAAUGUUCUGAGGGAUACAUCAAAUAUGUCAGCAAACUCAUCUCGAAUAGAUUUUGUUUCUGACUGGGAAACCCAGUGGUAGCAGUCAUGCAAACAAACUUGUCAGUGUUUACUGUUAUGAGCCCCAUCUGUUGUGAAGUUUUAGAACCCAACAGAGGAGUCAAAUCAUUAUCUACGACCACAAACUCUAUAGAAUACUUCCUAUUACUACUUGGGUUAGUGACUUUCAAAAGGCAUGUCCCUACAGCUUGCAUCUCUGAUGAAUUCCACAUUCGCAGACUAACAUGCCCAUUGUUUAUUUUCCCCUUGUACGAGGCAUUUAGAAAUUGUUUUAACUGAGGCACCACAGUUAACUUGAAAUUUUACAGACUGAUUAUCAAUUGACAUAUUGGUCUAUAUGCAGUGGACAAAUUCCCCCAGAUAGAGUUUAUUCUUGAGACUGUACUUAUCAAUUCGGUCUCUGAUGGCAGUUCAGACGAUUCUUAUUUUCUUAUCCUUUCUUGGGCAUUAAGCAGCAAAAUGGUUACUACGCUUACAUAAAUUGCAAGUUUGAUUUGAUUUCACCAUUUUGUGUUUACAGCCACAAAAUUUGCACUCUUGUAUACCAGAGUAUUGUUCCUUUUGAACUGGAUUAUAUUGCCUCUCUUUCUCUUCAAAAUUGUUUUGCAUCUGAUGAAUCUUUCCUUCUUCUCCCAUUGCUUUUAUUUGAUGUUUAGUUGCUUCCGCUCCUUUGCAGAUAUCUAUGCAACGAUCCAGUGAUAAAUCUCCCCUAGCAAUUUCUUUCGAGUAUUCAGGUUAUUAACACCAAGGACAAUUCGGUCUCUCUUAAAAAUGCAUCUUUCAAAGGUUUCAUUUAGUGUCCUGAUAGCCAGCUGUUCAAAAUUUGAGAGAAUGCUCUGUAAUGUUGGUUCGUCCUCUAAUGUCAUUGUGUUGUAGACCAUAAGCCCUUCAGGACCAACAGCAUGUAGAAACAUAGCAAAUCAAAACUUUUCUGGGUGUUCGUCAAGUUGUGCUACAAUGGUGUAAUUUUCCCAUAGCUGUUUCCAAAGUCUCCAGAUUUCAGCGAGAUUAUCACCGACCAUACAAAGUGGUUUAGGUGGCGAAAUCCCCAUUAAUUUACUUGUUGAGGCUUGGCAUCAGAUGAAGUAGGUUUUUCCAUCUUUUUUUAACUUCCCGCUUAGAGCGUUACUUUAUUGAAAAAUUUCCCUGCCAAAAAAUUUCACACCUAUAUGUGCACACCUGAAAAAAAAUUUACGCUGAGGUCCUCCAUCAUCAACUGCUGGUUCACCAAUAAAUGUGACUUUAAGCAUGCCAUUCUGGUUGAAUCGUCUUCUCUUGUUUUGGCGUGUGACUGCAGCAAGAUAAUCUUGAUAUGCAUAUCUUCUCCUGAUAGAAAUCCUAUUGAUAUUCUCCAUGUUCACAUACUGACGUAAAUUGGAGACCACUUGCCUUAUUUUUUUUUCCAACUUGCCACUUCUAUCGCCAAUCGUAGCUCACUUACUAUUUCAUCUUGGUUGUCUGGCAUCUCCGACUCUAAUUCCAUGUUUACGGUACCAACAGGGUCAAUCUGCUCUGCACAAACAUCAGUGUUUGCUUCAAUUUCAUGUAUAGGUAAAUCCAAAUAGCACGUUGGGCAUGUCACUCUGACUUCUUUGUGUUCAAGAGACUGAUUGUGGACUAUCUGCUGAAGCAUCUGAAUUACAAAGAAAUGGUAUGAUAGACUGGGUGUUACUUGGAAAGGCUUUGAUUCUGCUUCUGACUUUUGAAAACACAUUCUAAUGAAGUGGCAUUUUUGAAUAAGGUUUUCCCAAGUCUUCUUUGUAUACCUUGAGGGGAAAAACCGAGAUGAUCCUGGCAAGAGGUGGAUAUAAUAAAACAUAUUCAUUGACAUUUCCGUUGAAAGAACGAAAAUGUAUGCAGUGUUUAGUAAGUGCCUCUUGAAGUAGCCAUUUGCAUUGAUGCAUGGGUCAACAGCAGGCGGAAGAGCUCUUUUUUCAGUACCUUGAGAGUCGAGGCCACUUUGUGCCAACUUGAAUCUUAAUUCUUAACUUUUUCGGUCGAAUUGCCUUUGCUGGAUAUUGAUCUCUUGGGCUUGCUAGAAGUUGAUGGUAAAGUUGUUACUCUGCUGGAUGCCUUUCGUUUUUGGAAUUCUUCAUACUUCAUGGAUUGUUGCUUGGUGUCAUCAUUUAAUGGUUGAACAGUUGAACUUGAAGGAGAUUGAGUUGUGGUUUCUGACAAAUCUAGAGUAUAAAUAAUAUAAAUUCUUCAAUCAUAGAUUUACAAAUGUAACUUAUUGAAUAAUGGUGAUAUGUUAGUACUGUACUGCACUGCACUAUCUUUUUUGCUAAAGGAUAUCUUUUUUUCCUUUUUUGGAAUGAAAGUACCAAUAAUUGUUUAAUUGUGCAUAUCUUUACAAACACCUGCUUUCUUAAAAUUAAAAAAACACACUUACACAUGUAACACAAAUAAUAUCCCAUUUAAAGUGCUAAAAAAUUAUAUUUGGGGCAGUAUUGAAACCUGUAUUAAGCUGGAGAAUUGGUUUCGGUUCCUUUAUCCACUUAACAGAGAUUCUCGAACAUUGCCGAUUUUUGAGGAGAUCGCUUUUUAUAAGCUACAAUGUACAAAAUUUAGAACAUACCAGCAACUUCUUUAACAUAAUUAAAAAAAAGCCUGUAUGUCUUGUUCUCUUGCAUCUGCGUGUUGGAACCCUGUUCUGAAAAAGUUGGGAUGGACAUCUUUAUUACUCUUGGAUACAUCAAGGGAUAACAUGCUGUUCUCAGUAGUAGGAAUAGCAUGGAUGGUCUUUCCUUGAUGAGCUACAGUAAAAAUUAUAAAAUAAAAUACAAGUCAAUAAGUACCCUAGCAGCGCAUAUAAGCAAAUUUUCGAGUUGAAUUGACAUUCUAUAGACAUGAACGUUCUAUAGCAUUUACGGAACAUUUGUCAGUCAUUUGACUAUUCUUGUGUUUCUUGUUUAAAAUAAAAAAAGUGUGAACGAACAUAACUAUACAUUUGGAGCCUAAAACGAAAGCACAAAACGCCGGCACUACGUAUCCAAUGUUGCAACUUCAUAUUUGGUUUGAUAUUGAAUUGGUACGACAAAUUCACGGACGGCUAUUUCUAUUAGUAACCGUGUACUGUACUGUACUGUACUGUACUUUACUGUACUGUACUGUACAAUAAAUAUAAUAUACCUCUACUAGGCCAAAUUUGGAGGAGCCGUCACAAAGUUGUUCUUCAGCUGCAUUCAGUUCUUCUGUGUGAACACCGAAAAGUUUAGUAAUUAAAUCUUUGUGCAUAAAACAUGGAAGCGGUAACAUGCUGUAACCUAAGGAUAAAAUGAUAAAUGAACAAGUUAUUUGUUAAGAUUUAUAAUAUAAAACAUAUUAGUAGAAUCAUGUCAGUAUGCUGUAAUUUGAUUGGCUAACUCUACUCAUUAUAUAUUCCUCCAUAAAUAGCAAGUAGGAAAACAAUUCUUCUCCUGGCGCAUUUUUUAAAAAAAUGGCUACUACUGAAUUAUUUUAUGUUUAAUCUCUGAUUCUACUAAAAAAAAAAAAUACUCACUCUCAAUUCCUAUGAGGCGAUAGUUUGUCUCAUCAACUACAAAUUAUGCCUAAUAUAUACGCAGGGUAUAAUAAAAGUUCAGAUGGUAUGCGUACCAGCGUACUCGAGUCCUUGUACCCAGUCCUUCCGACCUUGCGCUGCGCAUUCUUUUGUAUUUGCAUUUACAUUUGGCACGGUAUUUGCUUGACUUUGCCUUUUUUUGGUUUGUUUCUUUGCACAAAUAUAUCGCACAGGCAAUCAAAAAAACAAAAAAUAUCGAAAAUGUUUGAUUUCGAUGCCAUUCAGGCCAGAAUUCAGUCUAAGGAAAAGUGUAUUCGCGAAAUUCGGCAGCAAAUUAACGCUUUGAAAGAAUUGGAUCUGUGUCACUUCGUGACAGAAAAUCACAAUUUAACUCAAGAUGAAGCGCUACAAAUACUUGGUAGCAAACUUUCGAUCGAAAGUGUUUUUAAUCUGAGAAAGGCUAUCAACCACGUUCUGGCUAACAUUGUUCGCAUGGUCAAUGGAAUCUCCAUGCGCUCGAUGUUAAUACACAAAGUUUUUAACAUUUUGUCGUCACCCACGUGUGCUACAACCAGCAGCGAAGCGACAGUAUCUGUUGAGGAUCUUGAACUGUAUACGGAGUUUGCGGAAAAGUAUUGUUCGUUGUUCCUAGCCAAGAAAGACGAUGAUGAUGUGUUGUGGAGGCUUACGGAGCAGGAACAGUCUACGCCUUUCAACAAGUUUCUUACGCCUCCAGUGUCCUUGUGUAUGCAGUGUGAUAGGAAGCUAACUAUUCGCAAUAAUCCAUGCAAGGUUACCCUUUUCACGUUGAACGGCCCGAUUCCAUGUUCCAAAGUGACCUUGGAGUGUAGGGAGUGUUGCUAAAUCGUUGGAGCUUAACUAUACUGACGCAUCUGGAAAGCACUUUUAUCCCUCAUAUAUGAGUAUUGAAAUGGUGGAGAUCAGCAAUGUGACCUAUUUCGAGCUGAGUUUAUAUAAGUGGUUUCCAUCCCUGAGGUGAGCGCUUCUAAACAAUCUUCAAACAUUCUUUAUAGACAAAACGUUUAUACUAUUAACUAAGACUGGUAUUUUAUACUUUUUGCACAUAGUAAUCAUAGUUGGGUGUCCUUCAGUGGAUUUGCCGAGUCAUAUGAUGUGUAUGAGAAGGAAAUUCAACGUUAUGGUUCUAUUUUAAAAGGUUGGUUGCAUAUUUAGUGCAUUUUAUAUUAAUUAGACUUAUUACCAUCCGCAGUAGGUCACAGUUUUAGCAUAGCCAUGUUUGGGGUGGUGCAGAGUGUGUCAAGCCAUGGUGCAUUCUGUGUAAACCUCACGAGUCAUGCCUAAGAUGAUGCGCCAGUUGAGGUCAACUUGUGUGCUGACCCCAGUAUUUAGUUUUCACCAAUUUCGUACCCUUUUUUGUUUACGAUAACCCAAGUAUAUGCGCCCUACUUUGGUAUUUUACUCUGUUUAACGCCAGACAAUUUUACUCAUCAAGGGGAGAGUGCUGGAGCUUAAUGGGUUACACUGAUUUUCAGCACUUAGGGACUGGGAAAAAUAGAGGGUGGGUCACUAUUUUUGAGCAUGGUUGAAGGGGUGGGUCAUCGAAUGUUCAGUGCAAUCAUAAGGGUAGCCAUGUAAAAAUAUGCAGAAAUUUUUCAAGGGCAUGUGUAUUAAAAUUCAUAUUGUAAAAAUAGAAAUAAAACUUAUCAGGAUCCAUGUGUAAAAUUUAUACUGCAAAUGUUAACCUCAAACUUAAAAGCUGAAUUUACUGUCUUGGCUAGUGGCUAACUAAUUUUGUCUGAUAAUCAUUAUUGCUAAAUGUCAUGAGCUUGGUGUAGGAUGUUUAUUAUGUAACAAAAUGAGUGUAAUUUCUACAAGAGCGUAGUUAAAUCACAAUCAUCUUUAGCGGUUUGGCGUUAGCUGUAAAUGUCAAACUAAAAGUCUCUAAUUAUGAGAAAGAUAUUGCAUAAUGCAGUAUGCAUGCCAUGCAAAGAAAGACCUUUCUGUAUUUAAUUCAGGGCCUCUUUUAACAUAUAGACUGGGGAGGACAUGUCCCCCCAGCACUCUUACUCCUCCCUCCAGUCGGCAAUUUUGUCCCCCCCCAGUGAGGUCUCUAAGAACUACCUGCAGUAAGUGGUCAACCAGCAAUUAUGUAUCAAAGUGAGAAAACGAUGUUAAGUUGUGAACAUUUCUGAAUUUGACCAUCAUCUGCAGGCCUGUAACGAGCCAACUGAGUCAGUUGACUUGGUAGGCCAGAAUUUGGGGACUGAAAUUUAAACAUCGCCAGAAACCGAAACCAUGACUGAAAUAAUUUGCUCGUGGGACAAAGCAUGAAGCGGCAUGUUAGGACGAAAUUCUAGUUUAGUUUUUCCAAGCAAAGAUAUUCCAAAGAGACCACUCUAUCUUGCUCUUCAGUGACACUGAGAAGAUGAAUGCAUCGAUUUCAAGUACCCCAAUACAUGUAAUACAGUACUGUAGAAUUUGAAGUGUGGUGAAUGAUAAUACUAUACCACACACACAUGCUAAUUACCGCAUCAUCACACCAUGUUGCCUUACUAUGUUAACUGGAUUACAUUUGGGAGACUGUGAAAAUGUAGUGAUUGUGUCACUGUUUAUAAGGUUAAUUUCUUGUUGGAAAACUCCUCAAAGUGCGGGAAAUAGCUUAUCUGAGCUUCAAGAAAUCCAACUCAUACCCCUCUACAAGCUUGCACCUUUGGUGGUCGACGCUGUUGUCUCAGAAUCCUAGUUGCAGCCUGAUCUGCUGCCCUAUGACGUAUACUUACCAUGCACAUAUAUGCUGGUAGCUGCAGUGAUAGACUUGCUGACUGGAACUUCUCCAGGUCCCCCGCUAAAUAUGUCCCCUCCAAUGUUUGUGCAGCUAUUAAGAAAUUUGUGUGCCUUAAUAAUUUUUGUUGUAACAGUAGCUAACUGUUAUAAAAUAUGUUGAAAGUGCUAUUGGUAAGUGUUUUGAGAUAAGGGACUGGUCAUAAAGUAAAAGGGAGGUGGGGUGGGCUGGGAAAAUCAUAUAUUUGGUGUCUGCGCUUUUGGUAGCCCAUCCCUUAACACCGUAAAAAUUAGAGGCCAAUCCAAUCACCAGGUGAUUAUCAGUUUAUUACUUUAAGUCUUACCCAGUUUUAUCUGCUCAUGUUUUAUCUAGUACUUAUAAUGUAGCAGGCGAACAAACAUUGUUUUAAUAGGGAUUACUGCAGGACAUACAUUGCAAUACAAAUGAUAAAGAGGAAAACACAUUCAAACUGGUUGUUCGUUUCCACGCAAUAUUGUAACAUUGCAAUCAACACUGUCAUUUUGUCAAGUUGCUACCAUGUUCCCUGUUGACUCCAAUAAAUAGCAAAGUUGCUUUUAUUUUAUUCUGUUCUUUUGCUAAAAGAAGAUAUUUCUGAACAAUAUUAGUAUUUUAAUUGUGAAGUUAUACAAUAAUUAUUUCAAAUGCCAUGAAUAGAGAGAUUUGUAAUGGGACGAUUUCAGCAGUAAUGUAGCAUGUAAUACUGAUUAGUGAUUGCAGUUUCAUGUGCCCAAAGUCCAACCUCACAAUCCUAUCAGAAAAUACAGAAAAAAAAGAUGAAAAUAUAUCUACCCACAAAGUGGAAAUAUAGAAGUCUUGAAAAUGUAAUUUUCCAACAACUUUAUAUUUUCUAAUUGUAAACAAUAUUGCUGAAAAUUUACAAUUUUAUAUUUACAAUAUGUGUAUUAAUAUACGGCAAAAUGAAGGGUAGCUUAAUCAGCAUGCUUCAAAAUUACAUUAUUUCGCAAAAGAUCAGGAAAAUUUAUCGAUGCAACUCUGUUAUUGUUUCGAGUCAACAGAUGAUCAAACUGAUUAUCAAUUUCCCAUUUGUAAUACAAAAUGACUGAAAAACGGCAAACUUCGCAAGGAUAUAUUAUCUGCAUUUUACAACAUUUCACAACGAGACUUCGGAAUAUUACUAAUUUUGUGACGCUCUUUCAAGCUGUGAUGAAAGUUUUGUCCAGGCUAGUCUAUUGUAGACUUUUAAAUGUUAACCAUUGGUGGGAAAACACACUCUGCCCUAGGGUCUCACAAGAGGCAGACUUGGUGCAAGUCUAACUGAGCUGUCCCCAUGUGCUUUUUGCAGUUAAUUUAACUAAUAUCUGAUGCAUUUUAGGAUUAUUACCCAGUGAAAUGUCUGCUAAGGCUAUAGCGAAAUGUUUUUGGCACCGUGAAGUUGAGGAGGAACUGCUGGAGCGUAGUCUUCAAGAAGAAUGGGUAUUUUCAUCAUCAAAAGCCUGACUCGUCCCCAGUCGUCUCUGUGAGCACGUGCGAAUUGGAAAGCGUGCGCAGGGGUGGAAGGGAAGGGAGAAGCGAGGGAGACGACUGGCAUAUCCUGUUUUCAAGAUGGACGCAAAAUCAAUGGCGGAUUUUCAAGAAAAUCAUUAUUUUGAAAAUAGACCGUUUCAUAAGACACGUUUCCAACUGUGCCUGUUAAAUGUUUGUAACUAUAUAUUUUGGAAGUUUCAAAUGCGUGUGUUUACAUGCCAAGGCGAGACUUUGAAAGUUAUAUUUUUGAAUUUCCGUGGCAUGACAACAGUUUGUUGCGAACGUUUUCUCGGCAAAAUUUUUACUAACCUAAAUAUAAAUCCCACUAAAAUGUAAGCUUUUUCACAAGCUUUCAAAUCAUCCGCGUUAGGGGUUUAUGUCGUUAAAUUUCUAAUUAAUAUAAGCGGUUGAAACUAAAACCAGACAUAAUAAAUUCCGACUAGAAUGUGUUUUCCGACGGCAAUUUUUACACCCUCGAUUAGGCAACGAAUUCUCGCUAAAUAUUCUAGCUACAAUAUUAUAGCUCGUACCAAAAUGUAGCUGAUUUCACCAGCUAUCUAACAAUAUGUGUAAAAUUAUUAUACCUGUAAUAUUCGCACAGAUAUUGUCGAAUAAAUGUCAUGUUUAUGUUGCAUUAAACUUUCUAAUUAUAUAUUCUGUUUUAAAAUUUUGUUUACAUUGUGUGAUUUUGACUCCCUCGUUUAGACAACGUUUUCUCGCUCAAUAUUGUAGCUACAGGAAUAUAGUUCCCGCUAAAAUGUAGGCAUUUUCACAAGCAUUCAAACCAUCUGCGUUAGGGAUGAAUGUCGUUAAAUGUCGAAUUAAUAUAAGCGGUUGAAACUCGUGCCGAAAACCAGACAUAAUAUAUUCAAACUAUAUUCCGACGGCAAUUUUGACACCCUCGUUUAGGCAACAAAUCGCGCUCAAUAUUAUAGCUGCAAUACUAACGCUCCCGCUAAAAUGUAGGUAUUUCAUGUUGUUAAAUUCCGAAUUAAUAUAAGCGGUUGAAACUCGUGUAAUAUAACAAAAAUAGCCUUGACCAGAGUUUCGACUGAUAUUCCAGAGUUUCGACACAGGAUCUGCCAGUCGUCUCCCUCGUUUCGCGCAUGCCUGUUUCGCGCGUCCUCACAGAGACGACUGGGGACGCAUCAGAUCAAAAGCCACACUUACUUCUGGAAACUAUGAUGAUGCUAUGGAAUAUUUUGCCCGAAAAAGAUCAAAUGAAAUCUAUCAGCAUCACUGCUCAGACCAUUGCAAGGGGAAAGGUGAGAUAACUUUUCGUACUGCAAUUCUUAUAAUAUGAUAUAUAUAAUACAUAUGUGAACUAUAUAUUAAGAACAAAAAUAAUGUUCUUUGUAUCUUGAAUGCUGAUUGGCUAGUUGCAAAAACUAUGCUGAAUUUCACUAGCUGUGGACAAGGGUGCAAGAUUACAGCUCGCAAAGGGUGCGAUUAAUGCUUAAAUCGCACUCCAUUGAAAUUGCAGUAUUUGCCACUGAUUUCAGAAGAUAUAUAUGUAAUUAAUUAAGAAAGUAGUCUGAUUUAAAAGGGUUAAUAAAUAUGUACUGUACUGUACUGUACUUUAUUUGAAAGUACUUCGAAGUAAAUAAUCAAAUCAAUGUGGAUUAUAGAUAAUAUAAAAAUUAUGUGCAUCAAGUAUAAUAUAUACUUGUCACCUAAAUUGUGUAGGUUGUAGGUUGUGGCCAGUUGUAUGUCGCUGACGGGAACUGGAAACUUCGCUAUGCCCAUUACAUGUGGAAAGUUCCUGUUGAAAUACCGGAUUUGGAAAAGUCAUCAACUACCCUAGCAUCUGUCCUCUCUCACCAAAAAGAGGACAUGUGUUCUGCCCAGCUCACUGUGAGAGAUCACAAGCACUUGGACAUCCAACAGAGUUGAGGGAAUCUUUUAAAAGGUGUGGUGUUGCUGAGCGAGAUGUUGAAGAAGGUUUGUUGCAGAAUAUUGCAUAUUAUCAUGAACUGUUCUAAAGGGUUGCUAGAAGAAAUUAAACCCAUGCACUGUAUUUAUUCCUAUUCUUGUUACAUUGACUUGUUCCAUUGAUUAUUUUUUCUUUCAAAUGAACUGAAAACCUACUUUGGAUUGACAUUACGAGACUGGCUGUAAGAUGUCUAAUUGCACUUGGUUGUAGUAAAGAAUAUAGUGUAUUACAUGAGAGGCUAGUUUUAUGAGGUUUUUCUUGACUAUGUUCGAAAUACCUGUUAAGUAUAAUACCUGUAAGAUUAAAUUUAUCAAGAGAAUAGUCAAUUGGUGCCUUAAUUCAGUUUUCAGUAUACAUUUCUGAAAAUGGUGAUGGUGGUCUUUGGUAUUCAUUAUAAGCAAAUAAAGCAAUUUAUUUUAAUAUUACUGUAUAUUCUUAUACAUUUUAGUUGUGAAAGAAAUAUCUUUAGAAAUUUUAUUAAGUGGUAUGUUUAAUUAAAUUAAUCUUGAAACUGCUUUACUGUAAUUGACUUUGCACUGUAGCCUCAGUUUUUUGUUAGCAUGCGCAGUCAAUAAAAUAGCUUUGCUUUACAUGUUUUAGAUACCAGACCUUCCAACCUCUGAAACACCCAAACCUUGAGAUCCCAAUAAUUUACUUGAAGAAACCUUGAGAUUUGAGUCCCAAACCUUGAGAUUUUCAAAUUUUUCAAAACCAAAGAAACGUCAACAACAACGAAUAUUAGAAAGAUUUAAACUGUCAUAGUAAGUGCUUCUUUAGCUAAAACUAAGUCUAAACAGAUGCUAAAUAUAGCUAAAUGAAUGCAAUCAAUGUCAGGAAAUUAUCUACACUGUAACUGUCACCGUCGACUGAUUAACAAACAAACAUAUACUAUAUUAAAUACAACAAACUGUAACAAGACAAACAAGUUCCUUAGAUGGUACUACUUAUUCUUGUGUUCAAGAUUGUAUACUUUGGUUGCCUUUUUAGAGUUUUUAAGUAGUUCCUCCUCUGGAUUCCACUUGUGACAAGGUGUUGUUGUCUCAGGAUAAUGCAGCUUCAUUGACAUUAAAUUGGAAAGUGUUCCAUCAAGUUUCAUUGAAGACCGGCUGUCAGUCUUGUUCUUUCUAACCAUGCUGAAUAAUCUCUCUUCCCCAGCAUUGCUGUGGUGCAGAAUGAGAACAGGCUCUGCCACCUUUGCGAGGUAACAGAAGCGCUUCUUGGAACAACCAGGAACAACCAUGUCAAAGAUGUACCACCAAAGCACAUCUACCCUGUGAUGGAAUAUCUCUUCUCCAUCAACUAAGCCAUCAACAACUUUAGCUUCACUCCAGGCCUUCUCACCAAUGUCAUCAUCUGUCAAUGUUUGAUAAUCACAGAAUUCAUCAUACAUUGCAUCUAUCCGUAUGCCAGUGUCUCCAAGAUUGGAAACUGAUUUGAACUUUGCCCAGAAAAACUCAACACUCUCCCACUUUGCCUCACUGUGGUUCUGUACGUUGAUCCACUUUGCAUGCUUAAGUACUUCAUCUGUCAAAGGAAACUUCUUAAGGACAUAGCCUAGAGCUGCUUUGAAAUAGGCUUGUGCUGCUACAAAGAGGUCAUUAUAUGUUCUUUCAGUAAUGUCCCCUUCAUUUAACAGUUUUCGCAAAUUAAACUUUGUCAUGCCACCAAGGUGAAUUGAUUGUACUGGUAUAUAUUUUGACUGGUCCUCCAGGUUAAUACCAGUGAGUGUUGACUCCUUCAUAAUGUUGGUCUUAAUGAUGCGAUUGCCAAGAGUUUUUCCCAGUUUAACUACAGAGUCAUGGACAAUGUGAAUGCAUGGCUCAUUUGACUGCAAUAACUUGUUGAAGCUUGUAAAGAGAGGGAUGCUUGCAUGAUGGAAAAACAGAACCAUUUCUGUAACUGGGUUUUCAAAAGCUUUGCAUAGCCUUUGGAACCUUGCAUCAGCAAAGUUCUCACUGAGGAAAUAUGACUUGAGCCCAGCAUACUUUUUAAUUACGCGCUCAACACACCGCUCAAGUGAUAACCAUCUCGUGGACGAAUGUUUUAAAAUUUUUCCAUACUCUUGGUCACAGAACUCCAUGUAUUCAACAAGUACUCCUUUCCUCUUGGUACUUUUGUCAAACCAGUAGUACAGGUCAAUUAGCAAGUCCUCCACAUUAAUUCCUGCCACCUCUGUGAAAGCAUCAUUCGCGUUGCUUGCAGCAAUAUGAGCCAAAUGACAGGGGCACCCAAGCACAUAAAUAUCUGGACUUUUGGCUUUGCAGCGUUGAGGCAAAUGAAUUGUGGGCACCAAUCAUUGAAUUGAUGUUAUCAACUGACAAGCUCACAGCUUGACUCCAUGGGAUUUCAUCUUUUGCCAUCUUUGUCUGAACCACCUCAAAAAGUUGCUCUGCUUUUGAGGCGUCUCGACCACUUGUCACACACAUGUCGUAAAAUUGAGUUGUAACUGUUUUAGAUCUAUUUAUGUCAAAAAUCCUCACAGUCAUAGGGUUCAUCUUUUCUACAUCAGUGUCACUUGAACCAUCAAUGCCCAAACUAAACGGAUGUUGUAAACAAUGUUGCACGACAUACUCAUGGCAGUGUGGACCCAUAGCUUUAUUAACAAUGGCACAAGUCUUUGUGCGUCCACAAGAAUAUUUCUUCGCAAUGUCACUAUCAGGGAAAACCGAUCUAAAGAGUGGUCCCAGCUGGUCUGAAGUUGCAAGGGGCAAAUUAUGUUGAAUCAGAAAAUUAGUCACAAUAACUUCUGCUUUAGUAACCGCAUCUUUUGGCUAUUGAUUGGGAGUGAAAUAACUGAGGGCUGAGAUUUCAUUUGUUUUUCUCGUUUUUUGUGCGACUCUGUGCCACAAUGAUUUUUCACGUCUGUAAUUCCCUGGUGGUCACACUUGAUGUUAUUCAUGCAGGGAAUACAAUGAAAUGAAUACAGAUCAUUCUUUACAGCUUUCACAGGAUACAUAUGCCCCCACUCACUUUUAAACUUUGAACGGUACUUGGCAGUGCCGACAUGUGUGGUUUUUAUUCUUUUACAACUAGGAACAGCAGUAUCUUCUACUUCAAACUGCUCACUUUCCGCAUCACUGCUGUCAUUGUUUCGUUCCGCCAUCUUGAACACGUGGCAUGCUAUCACACAUUCGUAUGCGAACACACGCGUGGACAAUCAAUUAUCAAUGCGCUAGAUAAUGCAUAUUAUAUUACGAGCAACAAUAGUUUUACUAUUAUCUAUAGACUAUUAUACGUAAAAUUUAUAAGUCAAAGUUGAUCGAACAGGAACUGAAAUGAAAACGGUGAUAAAGACAGACUGAACACAUAAAUUUGAUUUCAUUUUAGGUUGUUUUUGAUUGAGUUUGCCAUUUUAUUGACUUAUUGUGAAAAACCGUGAGAUUUAGAGGCUAAACCGUGAGACUGUGAGAUGAGACCUUAAACCGUGAGUCUCACGGCCAAACUGUGAGAGUUGGAAGGUCUGAGAUACUAAUCUCGAAUCUGUCAGCAAGUGUUUGGAUGAAUUUGCUGACAGCGAUCUGAACGAAAGUAGAGAUAAUGCUUCUAUAUUUCAAGGUAGAAUAACUAGGGUUCUUGCAAACUCAAAUGUAUAUUUGCGUGGAGACAAUUAACAAUUAAAAUACAUGUUGGAAAACGUAUCUGCACAUGAAAUUCAAACCAUUAAAAAUAUCAAUUUUUAUUAUUUUUAUAUAUUUAGGAUGAUAAUAUUUAAUUUAUGGAAGUACAAGUCCCUCCAGGUCAAUCGUAUGCUAAUUAGAAAUUUUUGAAAUUUAAAACUGACACUUAGCCAGGAACAUAUGUUUUUUUCUGGAAAUACUGUAAACUGUUGAGCCCCCUCCAUAAUAAGCCACCCCCACCCUCAAAAGGACAUGAAAAGAAUAACCCCCGCCAGGACCUAAUAGGGAUCAUACGGUAAAAAUCAGUCAGAUUUCACUCUAAUAUUAUACUUGUUAUGUAAGAACCAUUUUAGCCAUACUUAAAAUAUAGUCAGAACUUUACUGCAUUGUAGUAAUGCAUCGUUUGACCCUUCUACAUAUAUUUGUUAAUUUGGCAAAUUCUAUUCAGCAGUUUCUCACAAUCAUAUGUUUAUUAAAUAUAUAUUUAGGCACAUCUGAAUUUAUUCACAAGAAUCCCACAUUUGUUGAAAACCUGGCGGCCCUGGAGGAUAUUGCAUGCAAUACGGAUACAGGUGGCUUGAAGGCUUUCCAGUCAUGGUCUAGGGGUCUAUUCUUUAUUGUAAGUGCUGGCGGCCACAUCGAUUAUUGGAAACCACUGUACAUGUUCUAUUUUUGUUUCAAUGCAGUUACAAAAUAUGUUUUUACAGUAAUUUACAGCUUACUGAAUCCAAGAGUGUAUAUUGGGAUUUUACUAACAAGAGCAGAUUUACUGGGGGUUAGGGGGGGGGAGGGUUUAACCCUCAACCCCAGCAACAUUUCCAACAUUCCUCCAUUUUGUGUGAAAGUCUUUAACAACAUUUUUGCGUCAAAUGGCCAGAGAAAGACAGCAGUUGAGCUGAUAUAUUCGAAAUUAUCAAAUACACCAAGAGUUUUAUGUAUUACACUAAACAAUGUAAACAUGUGAUUGCAAGUUAUUAAAGAUGCAAUUGCAGUGUUUAAGUGUUUAUGACUUGUACUGUAUUGACAAAAUGUCUAAAAUUGUGUCUAAUGGCUUUAAUCUUAUUUUAACCCAUUUUUGUUUUAAUAUAAUGAUAGAAUUAUUUUUCAUCAUAGAGAUGACUAAGGGUUUUGCUCCCACUGUCCCACAUCCACAAAACCUGUGGGUGGCUGCAUUUGUAUGAACCCCACUAAGAAUUAUUCUACCCCUCCUGUUUAAAAAUGAAAAUCCUCCCUUGUUAAAAGGCAAUGUUACCGAUUUUUUUAAUAAAAAUGCCUUUUAUUCAAAAACUGAAGUGAAAUUUUGAAAACAAACACUGUAAAUGGACUCAGUUAUAAUAGACGAGUCUUAAACAACUUUGAGCUUCCAUGCAAAAGGUAAGAUGACAUCUUCUUACAAAUUGACCAAAACUUGAAAAAGUGUCUGCCAACAAUUAAUCAAGUUGCUAUUUACAAUCCCUCUCAAUCUUCGCCUAAUCUUGCCCAUUCGUACUUCUGUACAUGUUUUUUUGUGUCUGUUAUUGCUUUCUUUUGGGCCUACCUUCCUUUCAUUUUCAGUUUUGGGCAACAUUUGCAAGGGCCAGAUUUGCUCAAGAAUUUGUGACAUUGCCCUUUCAAUCUAUCUCAGUUGUAAAUGCAUGCGAAGAGCUUUAGGUACAGUGUAGUUUGCUUCAUGAAACGUUUCCAUUGUAGUUAUAGAGAGACUUUGUUUAGAAGAAGAGCUAAAUGAAUUAAAUUACUCUUUUCGACUUUUGUAGAUCUGAGUUGCCAACGCAGGCAUUCCUUGUAACCAUACUUUGGCUGUAUCGCAAGUUUAAAGUUAUGAAAGAUCACAGAGGUCCUGACGAUGAUAUUAUGGAAGCCAUGUCAUCGCUUUGCUUGGCAUAUGAUAACAUGUGUCAUGUUGACAGCCUCCUCAUCUCAAAGGAUGACUUGCCAUUGCCAGCACCAUUCAACAAAGCAUGGAAAGUAAUUUCAAAGGUAAUUGACCAUCUCCACCUUAGAAAUCAUGUGGACCCCAAGUGCAAGAAGCUUUAUAACCCUGAUGAUAAAGUACCACCUGCUUUUAACACUAUGGCAUGCGAACAAACGUUCAUUUGGGCAAGCAGAUUUAAGAAAAUAAUAUGUGCAAUGCCUCAUGUGCAUCAAUUUUUUUUUACUUUGACUUGUUAAGUACUGCAAUAAGUACACAGAGAAAUGCCAUCACCACUGCAAGGUUCCAGUUCUUCCCAAGGUUGGGAAGAGUUCAACAAUUCAAAGGUAGUUGUUUCUGCCAACACCAUAGGCAGCACCCUGUUUGUAAAUAUACUUUUAAAUAUACUUGUAAAUAUAUUGCUGCUAGUACAACAUUAUUGUAGAUAUACAUGUAACUUUAUCGGUAUCUUUAUAUGCAUGGUUGUUAACAGGUUUAUAUUUAAAAAACACAAAUGUUCCUGGUUUCCUGUUUUCCUGCCAUCCCAAACAAACAGGGCAGUGCCUUUAUUGAAGACUUGUGAUUUAUAGAACAAUAUGUUAUGUUAGAAACAAGUACAUGCAGUAGAAUUGUACAGUACAAGUAUUUCAAACAAACAAACAAACAAACAAACAAACAAACAGGAAGGAAGUUUUUAAAAAUUCGAUUUCCCCUUGCUUUAGAUCUGUCCUUACAACUCUAUUCUUUAUCACUCUCUCCCAAAAGGCCUCGUUUUCAUGUUUGCCUGUUUUGGUCAUGUGUUUGAAAGAGUUACGUCAUACAAAUUAUUGGGCUUUUGACCUAAAGUGGAAAUCUAGUGUUAAAUAUCUGGUAAAGAAAGCAGCAAAACGUUUGUUCUUCCUAAAAAUUUUGCAGAGUUAUAAUGCUCUGAUCGAAGAUUUAAAACUUUAUAAAUCUACUUUGGAUACAUACUCUUUUCUUUGGGGGAGGGGGUUAAUUGUUAGCGUACAAGAAUGAGAAGUGCGGGGAAAACCUCUGUAAUCCGACUAAAAAAAACAAAUGGACAAUUUUAAGGUAGGAAAGUUGUAGGAGAAUUUUCCUUUGGAAAGAAAGUUUUUGCGAGAGCUUCAUGAACUGGUGCAUUCUCGUACCCAGAGCCCUUCUUACGCGUGGUACGACAAGGGACUUUGGCCAAAUCCAUAUCAAACUGGCAUCUGAUUGGCUACAACGAACGUUAUUGUUCUAAUACCGGAUAUAUUCUAUGAUAUAUGAAUAGUUUUUAUGGUAUCCGGUUUUGGAUUUGGCCAGAGCCACUCGUCGCACUGUGCAUAAGAAGGGCACUGGGUAUGAGAAUGGAACCGGCAUUGCUAAAGUUUUCCUCAGUCUCCUACGGAAUCAUAGCACGGAAAACAGAACAAGGCACUCAUUUGCAAACGUUUAACCACCGUUAUGUAUCUACAUGUUUUGUGUGCUGCUUGUUCUUAAGCCCAAUAGCAAGCCUAUCCUUAUAACACUUAUGAUGCACAAAAUAUGAGGAAAUACCCCAUCCAUGGGAACGAGGCAAAAACGAGGCGAGGUCAUUAUGGAAAAUGCAAUAAACUGUAAAGCAAAUUACAGUAGAAGGGAACGUCGAUUAUUACAUAGUAAAACUAUUGUUAUGUACAUUAUAUAACUCCAUGUCAUUUACAUUCCUUGCACAUAAAUAUAUAUAUUUUUUGUCGCAAGGCUUCUUUGUAGGUUCCCAUCCCAGCACAUGUGUAGUGCACCCAUUGACUGCAUUUUGUGCACAUUAUCAUGCGGGAUGCCGUCCUCUUGUCGCACAAGUUGCAAUGGUUCUUUUCUUCAUCCGUGGGCGAUCCUUUUUCAGUCAAGUCAUUUCCAAUGCCUAAAACAAAUAGGCACAAGGCUUGUGAACUUUCGUCCAGGAGCAAGUUUAGUGCGUCUGUUUCCCAAAAACGAAAAUGGUUGUUUCACACAUUAUAUUACGAAUUUCGUCUCAGUGGCCUGUACCCAUUGAUCAGUACUUUUAUGGUAAGGUGCCCGCAGUACAUAUGUGGUAGGUUGGCAUUGUAGCAGUCACUAUCAUGUGUCACAGAUGGGUGAAAGGUAAGAGGAGCAAAUUUUAAAAUUUCAACAAAGUGGGCUAGGCUGUCACCAAGUCUAUAUGAAGAACCUACUGAGUCAUCCAGUGACUGCACUCCUGUAUCCUGACUUUCUGCCUCCACUCUAUGACUAUGUUCUAAAGAGAAAAAGUUUGAAUAUUGAUUGUACAAUGGAUCUAGGUAAAUGUUUUUCCUUGUUAACGAUUUAUGCUAAUCACAGCAAUAUGCUUUUGGUAUUGCUUUAUUGUCCCUCUGCAGCUUGCACAACACACAUAAAAGAAUAAGACUGGAACCCUAGGUAUGACGUCAGCUGUAGCUGUUGCGUGCACACAACACCAGUUGUGAUCAGUUCCAACAAUUACUCACCAAUAUUAAUGUUGUAGCAACAACACUCAGCCCGGUCUUAUUGCUCAAUGCAGUUGUCGACGAGGAUGACGUCUCUUCUUUCUCCUUCAUGCUGGACUCUAGUUGUUUCACCCUUGCUUUCAGAGCUUUCACUUUGUCCAGAAGGUUUUUCGUUCUCCUUCAUCAACGACUGCCGCUGUUCGUGGAAGCUUUCUUGAAGCAUUCUCUGGAUACGCCGGUACGUUAGUACACCACCAUAGAGCUAGUAAACGUUAUAUUGAAAUUCUCAGCAAUUGUUAUAGUGCAAGUAAAUGUAAAUGUUAUAUUGGCAUAUACAGUAUUAGCGCAUAAAUAUUCCAGAUUUCCGAAAUUGCGUUAUAAGAUAUUUUUAUAUUUAUGAGAGUAACCAAUCAAUAAAUUUAUUGGAUAAUUGUGCCGAUUAUAUAACAAACCCUAUAAAACUUGGUACGCAGGUACGUGUACCGACAAAAAAAAUAGAACCUUUCAUAUAUUUCAGGCAUGGUAUAAUCAACUAUCACCUAAGAGAAAUCUCAAGCUCAUAAUCUAAUUGUUAAAUAAUUACAUGUAGGUAUAGCAGCCUCAUCUAGGGAUAACUUAUUGUUUAUUUCAGGUCAUUUUCAAAGCUUAA